AUGAAGGCGACGCUGCUACCCUCUCUGUUGGCGCUUUCCUUGACGCUUUGUCUAGCGCUCGGGCUCUCGUCCUCUGGAGUGCUCGUGCGAGCUGACGCCUUCGCAUCGUCUCAGCCACCCGUCGUCAGCGACCCCGUCCUGGCAAGUCAGCACCUCACGCAAGCCAACGUGGCUCUUCAGUCCGGUCGAUACCAAGAUGCACUGUCUGCCUUUGAUCUAGCGUUGCAAGCGGAUCCAUCUUCGUGGCUCACCUAUUACAGGAGAGCCACAGCACAGCUCUCCCUCGGCCGCACAUCCGCCGCACUUCAGGAUUUCCAGUCUUUGCUCAAACUCAACCCCAAGUUCGACAAGGCUUACCUGCAACAGGCAAAGGUUUACUUGAAGGAAGGUGACUGCGAUAAAGCCAAGCAGGCCCUCAAGACGUAUGACUCGAUCCGAGCCGAGAAGGGUGCCGCUAAUUCGAGCCCCGCGGAAGCCAACAGCGUCCGUUCCAAGCUCACCCUGGUCGAGACCUCGAUCAAGUCGUUAGGCCAGCUCGUCAAGGAGCUUGACAAGGCGCAGAAAGCGGAUAAGAAGGGAAAGGCAAAGGAGCUGGACUCAACCAAGGUGGAUCACUGCAUUCAUUUGGCCGGUGAAGUGCUCAAGAUCUCGCCAUCGCAUCUCGAAACACGCCUGGUUCGCGCUCGCUGUCAGACGAUGAAGGGAAGAAUCGAGGAUGCCAUGGCCGACUGGACUCGAGCGGUCCACCUUACCCCCUCGCCGUUUUUGCUUCGCCGACUCUCGGUGCUCUCUUACUUUGUGGUGAGUGAACCUGGGUCGCAAAGCCGAGAUGCCGGGUUGCAACAUCUCAAGGCUUGUUUACACUCGGAUCCAGACAACAAGUCGUGCGCCAAGAUGCACCGCAAGAUCAAGGCAUUGGAAAAGUCGCUCAAAAAGGCACGCAACUUUUACAACUCGCAGAGCUACCGAGCUGUGCUGUCAGCGCUCAAGGGUGGCAAAGUGGGCAGGGCGACGGUGGUAGAUGACAUCAAGGAGGCGAUUCGGUCUGCUACCGAAGUGCAGUCUGGAGAUGAGGAGCCGUUGAUUCCAUCGACUUACAAAGGCGAUCCUGUUCAAGAGUCAGGACUGUUGCUCGAGCUGCACACCAUGUACUGCAAGGCGUACACAGAGCUGAACGACAUGGACAAGGCCAUGCCGUACUGCGAAUUGGUGCUCGCCAAAGACCCGGACAAUGUGGAAGCUACGCUCGCGCGCGCUGAACUCGCGCUGCAACGAGAGGACUACGACCAGGCGGUACGCGAUCUCACCAAGGCCUUUGACGCAUCCGGGCGCACCGAUCGCGCUAUCCACCAAAAGCUGCAGACCGCGCAGAAACGGCUCAAACUCAGUCAGAGCAAAGACUAUUACAAAGUGCUGGGCGUCAAACGCACCGACAGCCUGGCGACCAUCAAGAAAGCGUAUCGCAAAAUGGCGCGUGAAAAUCACCCGGACAAAGGCGGCUCGCAGGAGAAGAUGGCCCAGAUCAACGAGGCUUGGGGCGUCCUUGGCGACGAAGAACUGCGAAAGAAGUACGACCAGGGCGACGAUCCCAACGACCCCAUGGGCGGCCAGCAGGGCGGCUACGGUAACCCGUUCGCGCAGGGCGGUCAUCCGUUCGACAUGUUCUUCCAACAGCAGGCUGGCUUCGGUGGCUUCCCCGGCGGCGGAUUCCCCGGUGGUCAGCAGUUCCAUUUCAAGAUGGGCUGA